AUGACAAUGGCUUCCACCACCAGAUCGGACGGCCAGCUGAACCUCAAUCUCUCUGGCUUGCCCCCUCUUACCGAUCCUUCCUCAGUCCCAACCUCAAAAUCCCCUUUCGGUGGUCCAAAGACUUCGGCAGGCCUCGCAGGUUUGUCUAGUGCAAGAGUCGGAGCCGGUUCUCCUCUUCAUGAACAAGCCUCGCGACUGUUUCCGAAGCGAACUCGUGAACUGCAGUCUCAGAACUCUCUCUCUCCAAAUAUCUGGGGUCCACCCACAAGCGGAACUUCAACUCCUCUGUUUGAAAUUCCCGAGUCUCCCUCUCAGGACGGGUUCCCGGAUCUAGUCCCCUUGACAGAGACCGGUAUCAAUAGCCCCGCCAGGCGAGGAAGAGCCGGUACCUUGCCCUCAAGGAUUUCGCCUGUAGGUACGAUCAACGGCGUCAAUGUGGUCACCUCCAAGACAUCCCGUCCAACUCCUUCCACAAGCCCCUUCCGCCCUGGUUCCACCUCCGCUGCUGAGACCGCUUUCUAUUCCACCACUUCAGGCUCAAGCAUCAACACUCCUUCAAAUGCUACUCUCUUAUCACGCCUGCGUGCCGGAAGCAUGCCGCAACGCUCCAGUCUCUUGGGCUCAUCUGGUCCAUUUGCUCAAACACCAUUUGGUUCAAGUUGGGGCACACGAGCUCGCGCUGCGACCUUGACCAGUAUAAGUUCAGCUGAUGAUCCCACCUCUCCCCAACAAUCGUCCUUUUCUAAGGAUGGUAUGUCGGAUUCAGGCGUCCGUACCCUUGACUAUCUUGGUCUCGCUGAACCUCCUCAACAAUCUAGAUCUGAUCUGGCACAUGCUCGGGAUGCCGGCUUGUCUGAUGUCUUGACAAACUUAGGACUGAGGAAUGCUAGCAGAUUCAGGUCCUUUUCUGUCAAUACUCAGCCCAAGUUUGGCUCCGAAACUCAAGAUAAUUCAGCGUAUUCUUCCUUCCAAAGCGGUACUAUGACCCCUUCAGCGGCUGCCGCACUCGAAGCAGAGUACGAGAUGGUGCAGGAAAAAGUCCGCCUCCACAACCAGGCUGUUCAGGCUUUUGCCGUCAAUGCGAGUGCUGCACGGCCACGAGCCCGCACUGCUGGACUCGUCGAGACUCCCCAACGCACGACUCUGCGUAACCUGGUUCAACCGUCCUCUGAUGCCACUAACUUGGUAAUGGAGCUGCAAGCUGCAAAUGGUCUCAGCGAACAAGCACUCGCCGAUGCCUUGCACAAUCUGAACAUGACCGAAGGCGGCCAAGUCGGAUUUGAAGGGCAUGAUGAAUCCGAUAUACAGGUAUCUCGCUCGUUGUGGAUUGGAUCUAUCCCCAACUCUACGACAAUGUCAUCUCUGGAUGCUAUUUUCAGUAGAUAUGGAACCAUUGAGUCUACAAGAGUCCUCACCCAUAAGAAUUGUGGCUUUGUCAACUUUGAGACCACCGAACAUGCCGUUCGUGCACGCCAGAUUCUGAAUGGCAAGGAGAUCUUCCCUGGUGCGGGUCCAGUAAGAAUUGGAUUUGCAAAGGCUCCAACAGCUUCCGCCUCACUCACGCCAGUUCCAAAUGGAACCCCUCCCCCGGUUGCUGCCAACGCGAACAAGGAUGAUGUUUUUGCUUCACAAUCUGCCGCUGUUGAAGGAAGUCCCAGUGACUCAUUCUCCGGUGUUCAAAAUAGAAACAUCCCUGCAGGCGACCGUCUUGCAGAGUUAAAACCUGAAAUACUGCAAAUUGUCCUUGAUUUUGGUGGACAACAGUCUGACCUGCCUAUUGUAUCGGCAAACAUAGAAAGCGCCAUCAGGUACACCCAGCUUUCGAAGGAAAUCCCUUCGAUCCCGGAAUCAAGUACGGCAAGAAUGUUCGAUGCCCCUAGGCUGCGAGAUAUUCGAAAGCGCAUUGACAAUGGUGCUUGUGGAUUGCAAGAGAUUGAGCAAAUUGCCAUUGACAUGUUACCUGAGAUCGCAGAAUUGUCCUCUGACUACUUGGGCAACACUGUGGUUCAGAAACUGUUCGAAUAUUGUUCAGAACAAACAAAGGAACAGAUGUUGACUUGUAUUGCACCUCACCUGGCCGAAAUCGGUGUGCACAAGAACGGUACUUGGGCUGCACAAAAAAUCAUAGAAGUCUGCAAGACUGAGUCCCAGACGGGGAUGAUCGUCACUCAUUUGCGACCCUAUACAGUUCCACUGUUCCUCGAUCAGUACGGGAACUAUGUCCUUCAGUGCUGUCUGCGAUUCGGGCCUCCUUACAACGAUUACAUCUUCGAGACGAUGUUAUCACAGCUCUGGGAAAUCGCUCAGGGAAGGUUCGGCGCGAGAGCUAUGCGAGCAUGCCUUGAAGCUCAUCAUGCGACAAAGAACCAGCAACGUAUGAUGGCAGCAGCCAUCGCCCUCAACAGUGUUCAGUUGGCUCAAAAUGCCAACGGAGCCUUGUUGCUUACCUGGCUACUUGACACUUGCACUUUCCCUCGUCGACGGUCUGUCCUCGCACCUAGACUUGUACCUCACCUUGUCCAGCUCUGCACUCACAAGGUGGCGUACCUUACCGUAUUGAAAGUCAUCAACCAACGCAACGAACCGGAAGCACGAGACCUGGUGUUGAAAGCACUGUUCUUCAGUGCUGACGAUGCCGUCCUCGAACAAAUUCUCUCUGACCAAGCCUCUGGCGUUACGUUGAUCUUCAAGAUCCUUACCACGCCGUUCUUGGAUGAUGCAAUGAGACCGGACGUGGUCCAAAAUAUAUCUCGAGUAUUGACUAAGAUCAAGGCGCAGCCGAAUCAAGGCUAUAAGAGGAUCAUGGACGAGGUUGGUCUUUCAUCACGUCCAAAUCAGCCUGCAACACAACAAUAUAAUUCCCAUGCUCAUCCGACAAUCAACAGUCAAGUCCGACCCAUGCCACAAUCUCAGCAGCCUACUCCAAAUGGUGUCCAAGGACAAUCGUAUCAGCGUCAAUUCGGCGCAGGUUACGUGCCUAAUGUCAAUGCAUCUCCGUUUGAGAAUGGCAUGAGCCCAGUUCGAACUGGAUCCGCUGAUUCCUUUGGGUUUGCUACCUAUGGUAUGAAUGGUUACCAGGGUCAACAUGCAUACUCUCAGCUUCCAUAUCAACAGAUGCAACCAGGAACGCAAUAUCAAAACUUUCCAGGUCCUCCUCAACGGUCGAGCAGUGCAUACAUGUCAAACGGGUUUGGUGAAUAUAGUACACCAUCUUCAGCAGUAGAUCCAUUCAGGGGAUUACAAAACACCUCUUCCUCACCCAUGUCAUACUCGGCCCAAAUGAGUCCGGUUGUUGGCUCAGCAGCGGCCUUUCCUCAGAACAACUUCGCCCAGCAAAAUAUGCCCAAUAACAUGUACAACUACCCUCAACACCAGUUCUACUUUUCUCCACCUAUGCAAACUGUCCACUCUGGUGGUCGCGGCGGUCGCAGGGUAAGUCUUACACACUGGGAUGAAAUUGUUCGCACUUACUGA